AUGAUAUUAGAAAAUCCUAGCAAAAUUAAAUGGAAAUAAUAAUACAUAAGAAAAUAUAGAGAUUUAUUAGGAAUAUCAAAGUAUUAUUAUCACAAAAACAUAGUCUUAAGGUAAUUCCACCUAAACCGAUAGAAAAUUAAAUUACUCCUAUGAAUUUAGAUCAUAUCAAUAAAUAAAGAUCAAAAUCAUUAAAAUACAAUGAUGAAAGCCUUUUAUAAAGUUCAGAUAGAAGAUCAUUACAUACAAAAAUUUAUACUGCAUGUGAAAUGAAUUAAAUAAUCAAUCAUGCCAAAAUUUGUGGAUUAAUACACGAUAACCAAAAUUUGAAUUAUUAAAAUAAACAAAAUCAAAGUUUAUUAGAAUAAAAUAGAAAAUAUUUUUAAGAAGUUAGAAAUCUUGAAAACAGUUGGAAUUAUAAAAAAAUUAGAUAAGAAGAAUAAAAUAGAUUAUUUAAUUCAAUUCCUAUGGAAAAACAUUAUUAAUUAAAAUAAUAAUAAAAAAAACCUGAUUUAAAUAUAUAAAAAUUAAUAGAGGAAUAACGCACUCUAUUUUUAACUAGCAAUAAUACUUAGUAGAAUAAUGAAUCAUCGUUUUCUAGCAGUCAAGAACGAUUACUUUGA